UGUGAGAAGAAAAGGCGAGUGGUAGUGUUCCGUUCGCUGCAGACUGGCUGGUGUUUUUCAGAGGUAAGGGGGUGUGUCUGUGUCCCAUACGGGUAUCUGCCUUGGAGAGACUGAGCAGAGGCGGGAAAUGGCGCCUGGUAACACAACGAUUUGUCGUUUCGGAGACGGUCCUUGAGUAGAUGUACAGAAAAAGUCUGAUGAGAGCACGAAAACAACACGGCUUCUGUUGUGAUGGUUAAUCGGUGUUGAAUUCUCAUCGCCAGACACUGCGGAUCACUUAAACCUUACAUGUGACUGCUCAAACAAUGAGGCUGAGAAUGCGUAAGGCGUCUCAGCAGUCGAACCCCAGUCUGGAGAGCCGCCCGUCUCGUACCAAGCGGAAGCAUUCAGAGGUAGAAGAGGAUCCUCCUACUCCCACCAGUGGAGGGAGGGGCAUUUUCUCCACCAUCAAGAAGUUCAUCAGAGGAAAUGCUGUUAAGGUGCAGCAGGAGAGCCCAGCCAAGAAGACACGCCUCCACUGCGAUGUGGACAAUAACCUGAUCUCCUCCACAACCCCUGACUCCAACACCCCCCGCAGGACUAUCGCCAGGAGAGGCUCCCUCAAUGGACAGGCAACCAAUCAUGACAGGAGUAAGGAGAAGCCCAACGGCAGUCUGGAGGAGACGACGGCCGUUGAGUUGCCAGUCACCAGCCCCCCCAGAAGCACCCUUCUUGGGACCAUCUUCUCCCCUGUUUUCAACUUCUUCUCACCAGCUAAAAAUGCCUCCUCUGGCUCAGACUCUCCGGACCAGGCAUUGGAGGCAGAGGAGAUCGUCAAGCAGCUGGACAUAGAGCAGGCAGUGGAGGUGCCCACCAGCACAGCCACAUCCACACAGGAGCUGUGUGCCCCCACCAACUACUACUCCAGUGUAUCACAGCUUCCACCUAUGCGACCUCAGCACAUCCCAGAGCUAACUCCCACAGAGGGGGAAGGAGAGCUCUGUGCUGACGCCGACCUUCCACCCCUCACAGCUCCGGGCUCCAGUCCAGAAAUGACAUAUGUGGACGCUCCUCCUGCCGCUGUCCCUCAAGAGGCAACCUAUGAGGAAGACUGGGAAGUGUUUGACCCGUAUUUCUUCAUCAAGCACGUGCCUCCACUGACCGAGGAGCAGCUCACUCGUAAGCCCGCCUUACCUCUGAAGACGCGCAGCACGCCUGAAUUCUCUCUGGUCCUAGACCUGGAUGAGACGUUGGUUCACUGCAGUUUAAAUGAGCUGGAGGACGCAGCACUUACCUUCCCUGUCCUCUUUCAAGAUGUCAUUUACCAGGUGUAUGUGCGCCUGAGGCCGUUCUUUAGAGAGUUUCUGGAACGCAUGUCUCAAAUCUAUGAGAUCAUCCUUUUCACAGCCUCUAAAAAGGUCUAUGCAGACAAACUGCUCAACAUCCUGGAUCCUAAAAAGCAGCUUGUGAGACACCGGUUGUUUCGGGAGCAUUGUGUCUGUGUCCAGGGAAACUACAUCAAGGACCUCAACAUCCUGGGCAGAGAUCUGUCAAAGACCAUCAUCAUCGACAAUUCACCGCAAGCCUUUGCAUAUCAGCUGUCCAAUGGGAUUCCCAUAGAGAGCUGGUUCAUGGAUAAGAACGACAACGAGCUGCUGAAGCUGGUGCCCUUCCUGGAGAAGUUGGUGGAGAUGAACGAAGAUGUGCGUCCGCACGUCCGAGAGAGGUUCCGGCUUCACGACUUGUUGCCCCCAGACUGAUCCGACCAGUCUCUCAGAACGGGACAACAAGAAAAGACUGAAAACAACGUGCGUGUACAAAGGCCUUCUUUGGAUUACAAACUACAACAUUGCCAUAACUGUUAAGAUUUUUUUAGCAUUUUUUCGUUUUUAAAUCCACUGUUGCUUUUUUUUUAAACUUGAGAAAAGAGGAACCUUUUUAAAGGUCCGGGGGACAUUUUCUAAAUGUAUAGAUGAAACUACACACGCUAUGAACAAGCCGAGGCUAUUUCCUCUUUUGACUGCAGCUGUGGAGCUGAUAUCUCCUCCACUAAACUCUCUGAGGUCUUGGUGCUGGUUUAGUGGAUUUAAAAAAGCCACUUGGUAAAGAGGAACUCCCCCCCGACCCGAGUCCUUGAACCCAAACCAACCCACUGGUGCUCACGCUGUUGACGCUGACAAAUAACCACGCUCAUUUUCAGCAGGAAUGACUGGCCUGAAAAUCAAUCUGUGCAUGUGUGUAUGUUUACUCCGGGCCACACACACUGACUUGGUGUUUGACAAACCUACGAUCUGUAGCCUUUAAAAUCAUAUGCAUUCCUCCGUAGCUGAGUCAAGUUUCUAUUGUUGGUUGCAGUUUUUUUCUGGUAAAACUGGUGUUUCAUUGUUUAAAAAAAAAAAGAUAGCGUUUCAAAGUGUUUUACUUCUGUUUGUAAGAUAUGAUGUUUUAAAAGGGGUUGUGUACGUUUUUAUUGUAAGCCUUUUUUUCUAUUAGGAGAACAUGGGUGCGUAUUAAUGACAGUCCACUGCAUAGUCAAACUAAAUGGACUUUUAAGUAUAGUUUGUUCUCUUUUAACAAAUAGAGGUUUAAAUCAAUGUGUUUGCUCCACUGUGGUCACAACAAGGCUCUUUAAUUAAAUGUUAGGAUUAAGAAUCUACUUACCUGUAAAUCUGACAUAUUGUAAAGGUUUGAGGGCAUUCAUUUUCAAAAUGAUCAGCGUUAAUCUUUCUUUGAUAAUAGUAUUUGAUUUGUCUAUAACCAGUAUUGUAUUUUUCUCCUAAUCAAGUUUUCUGGCUAAAAUCAGAGCUCGGUUUCUUUGAGUUGUAAUGUGUUUUCAGUAGCAUUAUGACUAAUGUAGCACAUCUCUGUGUGUCAGAAAGUCUGUUCAUAUCUAAGGCCGGACGCUGUACCAGCAACAUACUGUUCAACAGCUUCCUUGGCUGUUCCUCCAGAUGUUUCAUUUUUUUACUUUGUACUUUUUAAGUUCCCUUUUUUCAGUUUUCUGUUUAGUGCAGUUUAAAGCAUUGUGUUUAAGAAUGGUAACUAUAUGAAUGUGUUUCUGCCUGACAUCAGCCUGGACACUCAGACACUCUGUUUCUCAACUUUAUUUAUUUAAUAUUGAGACAAACAGUAUUCCGACAUGCAGAUGUUUUGUUGGCAUCCUGACUAAACCUCAGAGGUAAAGAUGGAUAGCCCAACAUGACGGACAUUGCCCAAACACUCGAGUUAACUUGAAUUUCUGUGACAAAUUGGCAUGCAUUGUUGAACCUUUUUUUAAGUUAAAGCAGAUGUGAGUGUUUGGAUUGGUUGCCUGUACAGUGCCAUACGAUUCCUCCAUUAUACCCCCCCUCCCCCCCAGAUAGAAAGAGACAAUCAGACCUCAAAGUUCUGCAGACACUCGGCCCCCCUCCCCUGUUAUUUUCAGUGUGCUGUAUUUGUUGUGUACUGUGAUUAUCCCCCCCCCCCCCCCCCCCCAUGAGAACAUUUACCGGGGGAAUCGUACUGAGCCCUCACUGAAUGCAGCUUCUGCUCACAGAUGGUUUCCAUCUGUCCAUUAUUCGCCUUUCUCCACCUUUUUUUUAGUUUUCCUUCUCCAGAAAUAAGAAUGAGUUUGUACUGAAGUAACAUUUGUUACAGGGCACAAUGGUGUUUGCGUGAGUAAACAUGUCCGGACUAUGAAUGUAAAUUGUACAUGGGGUGAAGUCUUAAGUGUCUUUCUGAAAUCCUUGUUUUCUUCACCCCUCAUCAACUAGAACAAGGGAUGGCAGCAUGGCUCUGCCGUUCACACGUUGCAGAGGAGGCGAGAACAAUAUGCAGGAAGAGGAAACAUGUCUUGAAGUCCCCUAAAGUUAGCCCCCCCCCCCCACCCUCAGCUCUCCCUAUCCUGACUGCCAUCUUUCAGAAUGCAAGCCUCGCGUAGAGAGUGCGAUGCCGUCCCCUCGGUGAGACCCUGUGUACGAUCAGUUGUUUGUGCGGGCGGGGGGGGGCGUUUGAUACUUCUCACUCAGCUCAUUUUAACGUGCAUUACCAGUUUAUUGUACACUGAGUGUUGUACAAUACAUGCAGCUUCAUGUUUAAAAAAAUCCUUAAAGUAAGGAAAAUCUUUUGUAUUUUUGAUUUCAAAAGGCAUGUCAUAUCUACUUUUUAAAUGUAUUAAUGAAGAUUUAACUUUACAUCAGAUGGAGUGUUUUCUUUUUUCUUACAAAUAUCUGUAUGUUUAGUUUAGCGCAAUGUCACUGAACUGUUAAACUUAGCAUGUAGAGAAAACCGCUUGCUUUGUGGGAAAGUCCUAAAUUAAAUUUUAAUCAUGGCACUUUUUCUGCAGAAAAGAGCAAUUGUGUUAAUGAUUUUUUUUUCUUCCAAUAUCUGUUAAGCCAUUUUACUUGCAACAAUUGCUAUUUGUGCUGAAGAUGUAUUUAAAAUGUUUUAAGACAUCUUUGUACGCCGUCAGGCUUUAUGCUAUUGUAAAGUGUAUAUACAGUUACAUUGAAUUUGAAAGAAAGUUUUAAAGUUAAAAA